AUGACGCUUGGUCCAAAACCAUACUACUGGCCUAACACGAAAGAUGGGUCAGUCUCUUAUGGGAACAGUCCGCCUAUCGCAACUCGAACUGGAUGGAUGGCAUUGGCAUUGCUGCCUUUUGUGCUGUGGUGCAGGGCUCUGGGCGCCAAAGCAAACCUUAUAUCAGCAUUGACUGGUGUACCUCAUGAAAAGCUUCAGGUCUACCACCAUUGGACCAGCUAUGCCAUGUUUGUCCUCGCUUUAAUACAUACCUUCCCAUUCAUCAUCUUCAAUAUCUGGAAAGGUCAGAUGGUCGAGAAAUGGAACACCAGUGUAGUCUACUGGACUGGAGUUGCGGCUUUAAUUCCGCAGGCUUACCUCACAUUCAUGUCCUUGCCAUCUAUUCGGAAUCGAUAUUAUGAAUUUUUCAAGGCAACGCAUUUCCUGGUUGCACUCCUCUUCCUUCUCUUUUUCUUCUUUCACUGUGACUUCCGUCUUUCUUCUUGGGACUAUUUUGUUGCCGGAGGCGCAAUAUAUCUCUUCAGUCUCUUUGCAGCAUGGACCCGCACCCAUCUCAUCAAUGGCCGUCACUCAGCUACAAUUGACCUCCUUCCUUGCGGUUUUGUUCGAGUCAGAAUCCCAACAAUCAUGUCUUGGCGACCAGGGCAGCAUGUCUUCAUUCGAUUCUUAAGCCCACAGCUGGGCUUGCACUGCCUAACAGCGCACCCGUUUACCAUCUGCUCUCUAUCGCAUGACCCGGACAAGGUCGGCAAGGCAUCCGAGAUCGUGUUCUAUGUCAAGCCCCGCCACGGCAUCACGGCACGUCUAGCAAAGUUGGCUAUUAAAAGCCCUGUAUUCUCCCAAACUGUGCUCUUAGAAGGCCCUUACGGUGGGAUAUCUAAUACUGCUACUCCUGCCGAGUUCGAUACUGUCCUGGUCAUUGCGGGUGGCUCCGGCGGUGGGUUUUCUCUAGCCAUCGCUGAAGAAGCUCUUAGGGUGUAUGGAAAUAUGCCAGAUCUCCAAAAACGCAAUAUUCAGGUCGUUUUCGCUACACGGAAUAAAGAAGUAGCCGAAUGGUACAGAGAGGAGAUUGAUGAUAGGGUCUCCAUGUACGACGUACCAGCCAAAAGAAUAUCCAUUUCAAUUCAUGAUACCUCAUUGGAGCAUACUGCAAAGCCAGUGUCCGCACCCAGGGCCAAAGAACCAUCCAAUGAGAUCACCGAUGGGAUUGAGCCUGCCUUAUCAGAGAAAGACAGUGGUGCUGCCGCAAUAGACCAGCACAUGAGUACAAUUGUACAUGGCCCUCGACCUAACCUUCCUCAUAUCAUCGAUACAGCUACGUCAACACCAGGUAGCCACAAGAUAGCUAUCUUUGCGUGUGGUCCUGCGUCCAUGCUUCAUGAUGUACGGAAUGCGGCUGCUGAGGCGCAAAAGCGGACGUUGAGAGGAGGUGCGGAGGUCUAUUUGCAUACUGAAUCAUUUUCGUGA